AUGAAGCAAAGCAAGGGUGAGCGAGGGAUCGCCAAUAUCGAGAACAGGAGAGUGAUGAUUACCGUUGCAGCGCCUGCGCUGUUUACGAUGUACAAAGCAGUGAGGAUAGCGGUGAAAAUGGCUUGCAUCGUUAGGAAGCUGAGGUACACCCUCAGGCACCUCCUGGACCCUGGCUAUGCUUUAGUCAGUAUCACAAAGACUCUUCUGGAUUGUGUCAAGGCACGCGGUGUUCCAGGUCGAUCAACGCGCAAAGAUGCUGAUGUUGAUACAAACCUCCCGUCCACAACGGUACAAGUAUCGACUUCAUAUUUUGGGGAUUUUCCUCGCACACCUUAA